AUGGUGGACGGUCAGUAUUGCAAUGGACCAGCAACUCAACCGUCAGGUCCAAACAGAAGCCAUAACUUUAGAAGACCUAGCAACGACAAACAUGGUGAAAUGUCGGUCUUGCGAUGGACUACCACUUCAGCUGUCAACGCUGACGUUGUUUGCUUGCUGUUUUUGCACUUUAUAGGUCCAUUUUCCAUGGAAUCUGAAGGUACUACUUCCCAACCAUUGGGAAAUGAUGCUAUUGGAACCUUGAUUGCUCGAAUUGAUGCCUUGGGUCGAGACUUUGCUCAAAGAAUAGAAGAUAGGCAUGAUGCCUUGAGAAGAGACAUGAAGAGUGAUAUAGAUGCUAAGUGGACUGAAAUUUCCACUUUUAGUGGAAGACUUGAUCGUGUUGAAAUCUCAGCACUUGCUGUAAAAGUCCAUUGUUCAAAUCUCCCCUUGAAAGACUCAACCAUGGGAAACAACUUAAAUGCAACUUCUUUGCUGGAUAAUGCCUCAAUAAAGAACAUCAUGUCACUCUCUACUGAUAAUGCCUUUCGACUUCCUUCUCCAUUGCCCAGUUGGCCUUCAGGUGGAUACUUUGCAAGUGGCUUCAUUGAUCUUGGAGGAUUACAUGUGUCUCAAAUAUCAUCCUUAAGUAAAGUUUGGUCUGCCCAUGAAGGUGGACCAGAUGAUCUUGGAUCUACAUUCUUUGAACCAACAAAUUUACCAAAUGGAUUCUUUAUGUUUGGUUCCUAUAGCCAACCUAAUAAUAUGCCACUUUUUGGAUGGACUCUUGCUGGGAAAGAUACAUCAGGUGGUACACUCAAGAUGCCAAUGGACUACACCCUUGUAUGGAGUAGUCAGAACUUGAAAAUCAAGCAGGAUAGUUUCGGCUAUAUCUGGCUUCCAAUACCUCCUGAGGUUUAUAAAGCAAUAGGUCAUGUUGUCAUAACCUCGCCUCAGAAACCUUCUCUAGAUAAAGUCCGUUGUGUUCGUGAUGAUCUCACAGAUGCAUGUGAAAGUCAUGAUUGUAUUUGGGGCACCAAUGGCUUGAAUGUGUACUCAUCCAGACCUAGAGACAGAGGAAUGCAAGCAUUGCGAGUGCCAAUAGGUGCUUUUAUGGUUCAGAACAAUGGAGCUGCAGAUGCACUAGAUUGUUUAAAGAACGUCAAAGCUAAUAUAUCUGCUAUGCCAAAUUUUAACCAAGUUCAAGCAUUGGUUAAAGCAUACUCUCCACUGAUUUACUUUUAUCCAGAUGAGGAAUACUAUAACUCAUCACCCACGAGUUCAAAUCUUCCUCAAGGUGGUUCAAAUGAUUGUGAUUACUGGUUGGACCUCCCGACUAAUGAUGCAUCGAAAAGUAAAGUCAACAAAGGCAAUUUGCUGGGUGCCACCGCCUACUUACACGUUAAACCAAUGUUUGGUGCAACAUAUACUGAUAUUGAUGUAUGGCUAUUUUAUCCCUUCAAUGGACCUGCAAAGGCUAAACUUGAAUUCAUGAACAUUGCUUUGGGAAAAAUUGGAGAGCACGUUAGAGACUGGGAACAUAUUACAUUAAGGAUUAGCAACUUCAAUGGGGAGUUACAAGGUGUAUACUUUUGA